UGUGGGUGGAGUCAUCGAGUUCAGGCGGGAAAAACGAACACGUGAUGACGCAACACGUUCAAACACACUUGUGUUUAUGCAAUGGCUCCAUAGACAGUCAAAGAAAGAGAAUGGCUCCCAUCAAAAUAAAACAUAUCGUCUCGUUUACAUCACAGGACAGUAAAAAUGGUGUGAAUAAUCUGUGUGAAGACAGUAGCAGCAGCAGACCAUGGUUGUGCAGUGUCCAGGACCGCAGUGGAGUCCUCAGGGUGGAGUUACAGAUGGAGCGAGCCUCCGCUAUAGGAUUCAUUGAUGUUGGCAACUGUGGCUCUGCGUUCAUUCAGGUUGAUGUCGGCCGCUCCUCCUGGUCAUUAGACCGUCCUUAUGUCACCCUGCUGCCCACCGCAACACUCAUGAGUCCAGUGGACUCCAAACAGGGCACUGGCCGGCAAAAUGUGCGCAUGUUUAAAAAAGUUGAUUUUCUCCCUCAGGCUGCGAAGGAGAGCUGGGACAGACUACGAGUCACCUGCACUCAGCCUUUCAACAAACGGUCACAGUUCGGUCUGUCCUUUCUGCGCAUCCGCACCGUGGAAGACGAGGCCGAAGAUUCCUCAGUACAACAUGAAGAUAUCGCUGGUGAAAAUCUGAGCACACCAGAAAAGAUGACAUCUGUGAUGGAGUGGCUUUCCAGUCCAGCUAUCCAAAACACGUUUUUUGGACGAAUCACAGGGGAUGUCUCCUCAGAUCACCAAAGGAAUGCUGGGAGUUUGAGUCGGGCAGAGCGCAUGGUCAAAGCUGCCCACUCAAACAGAUGCUCCUUGUCAACAUCCCCCUGCAGUACCACAUCCAGCACAACACCUCCGAGAGAAGAUAACCUGAAAUCCCCACCAGGUGGAUUUAGGACUUCCAGUAACCAACUAAAGGCCCCUCAAGAGCAAAAGAAAAAGUCAAAAGCACGGCAGAACCUUAUAAGCAGUGGCACUCCACAGAAGAGAUCCAGACCUACAGCAUCCACCCAUGAACCCAGCUCAACGAGCUCACACAGAAGUGCCCACCAGGCUCCACAGGGCUCUCCUGAGACCAGAUGUCCUCUUUGUGGAGAAUGCUUCAGUCCUGAUUAUCUGCCUUUCCAUGCCUCCACCUGCCUGGAUUCUGAUUCAGCCGAGCUCACAGGAGUCAGGGAAACAGAGCUCAUGAGCUCACAGUACUCUUCUGCUUUGGACUCUGGCGCAGAUGAGCAUUCGGUUUCGUGUCCUCUUUGCUCCUUCCGAUUCCCCCCAGACCGUAUCCAGCAGCACGCCAGCACCUGUGGAGACACGGUCGAGCCAGGUUCUGUGUGGAUGAACUGAGAGAAGAGCACUGUGGGCUCAAAAACUUUCUCAGAAUAGCAACAUACAAACAGAAAUCAGGUCUUCUCUUGGUUUCUAAGGCCUUGGACAAAACGCUGUUCAGUAAACACUGUGUAUCCUACCGGCUUAUGCCUUCCUAAAAAGACUGUUUUUAUUGUUUAUAACAUUGGUCAUUAUGAAAUGUUUGACUGGCAAACAUGUUUUGGCUGUAAAUAUGUUUGUCGUCUUAUCUUCUGUUCACUUUCUUUGUGAUAUCAAUUAGAAUGCUAAAUAAAACCAUUGUCUGUGAUUGAGUA